AGUGGCAAUCGGCUGGAAAAGCUGCCUCCAAAAAUUCUUCAAGGAUUGUCCGCCUUGGAGGAACUGGACUUGUCCUACAAUCAGUUGCAGUUUUUGCCUCGAGGGCUACUUAGCAAUAACACCAACCUGACAGAACUGAAUUUGUCAAACAACAAAAUUCAGCGUCUGCCCAUGGAUGUUUUUGGCAACCUCACUAAGAUGAAAAAGCUCUUUCUCUCCAGUAACAAACUUCAGCGCUUGCCGAGGUUCAAAAAUCUCUCCAAGUUGGAAAUAUUAUACAUGUAUAACAACAGCCUCGUAUCCCUGUUACCUGAUCAGUUCCAAGGCCUGUCCAAACUGGAAGAACUGGCUGUUUAUGAAAACAAUAUCGAAUACCUGCCGCGUGAAGUUUUUAAAGGCAUGAAAAACAUGAUGUCUAUGAGCUUUUAUUUUAACAAUAUCCGUGCCGUUACCAAUGAACAAUUCAAAGAUGUCGCUCCAACUAUUCGAUUCCUGUACUUCCAUUACAACGAAAUGCGAGAACUACCGGAGGGUUUCUUUUCAAACAUGAAGUAUCUAAUAACUGCGACUGUAGACACCAACCUGAUGUGUUGCCAUUUGACGAAGGAGGACGCAGAUUGCGACUUUGCUUAUGUCGACAGCUUCGCCAGUUGUGAAACUUUGUUCAGAAAUCGAGCUCCUAGGGAGUGCCUCUGGGUGAUUGGAAUUAUGUCGUUAGUUGGUGCUGUGUUUGUCAUUGUGUGGCGGUUAGUGUUUAGGGAGAAGAAGAAGAAAAACAAGAUACAGUCCAUGAUGUUGAUACAUUUGGCUGGGGCUGAUGGACUUAUGGGUGUCUACCUCAUAACUAUAGGUGUGGUGGAUGCCAUUUGGGCAGGGGAGUAUUAUUUGCAUGACUAUUACUGGCGUUCAAGUUUGACAUGUCAGAUAACAGGUGCCAUUGCCGUGUUGUCAAGUGAGGUGUCUGUAAUGACGAUCUGUUUGCUUUCCGCCGACCGGAUGAAGAAUAUUCUAUUCCCCUAUCGUGGAAAGUCCCUUUCACUUAAGGUUACGCACCUUUUGUGCUUCCUUAUCUGGAUUGUUGGUGGCAUAGUUGCAUUUAUUCCCACGGUGGGCUUUGACUACUUUGGUAGUCGCCAGAAAGGUCAUCACUUCUAUGGCAGAUCAGUUGUAUGUCUGCCAUUGCAGCUUUCCACCGAUAAGCCGUCGGGCUGGGAGUACUCUGUUGCCAUGUUUGUUGGUUUAAACUUUACCCUUGUGCUCUUUGUCGUUGUGGCAUAUGCGGUGAUAAUCUAUAAGUUCUGCGCAUCAAGCAGGCGCAUGGCUAAGCAAGGGACCGAAAGAGAGAGGAGAAUGAAAGCCAAGUCAAGGGCAGCCGAUUUAAGGAGGGAGGCCUCGCUCGCCAAAAGAGUGUUCUUCAUUGUUCUUACCGACUGUAUCUGCUGGCUACCUAUUGUGGCGAUUGGAGUGAGGUCUCUCCUGGAAAAAUCCUUCCGUACACCUGGUGACCUCGCAGUUUGGAUCGCAGUCUUUGUUCUGCCGGUUAACUCUGCCAUCAAUCCCAUUCUUUACACCUUGUCUACCCCACAGGUUCGAGGAGUCAUCAGAGCCAAACUCCAACCAUUGUGGGAUUAUCUGAUGGCAAAACUCGGCCGAAAUCAAAAUUUUGAAGUUCAAGAUCAGGGAAUAGAGAUGAGAGUUAUCGAAGAAGUACAAAACCAAGAGGAAGUUGAGAGCGCUGACGAUAGUGAGGAUGAAUCGCAAGAAGAACAAGGAGAUGGUGAGCAACAUGCAGGAUCAGGCGAAGACAAUGAACGACCUACUGAAUCCCAGCAAGUUGACCAUGAACAAGACGAAGAACCAAAACAAGCAAAAGUAGAAUCUACUGAAGAGAAGCAAGUUGAAUGUGAAGAAAACGAAGAACAAAAACAAGGCCGAAAAGAACCUACUGAACAGCAGCGAGUUGAACGUAAACAAGACGAAGAACCAAAACAAGACCAAGAAGAAGCCACAGAACAGCAGCAAGUUGACCAUGAACAAGACGAAGAACCAAAACAAACAAAAGAAGAAUCUACUGAAGAGAAGCAAGUCGAAUGUGAAGAAAACGAAGAACAAAAACAAGGCCGAAAAGAACCCACUGAACAGCAGCGAGUUCAACGUAAACAAGACGAAGAACCAAAACGAGGCCAAGAAGAAGCCACUGAACAGCAGCAAAUUGAAUCUAAAAGAAACGAAGCACCAAAAGAUGACCAUGAAGAACCCAAUACAAAGCAGGAAGUUGAACAAGAUCAUCAUGCAGAUUCAAAGGGAAGCAAAGAAGUAAGUGAGACGCGACAAGAAAAACAGGAGCUAAAUGAAGACGAUGGAAAACCUGAGCGAAAGCUGAAAGGAGACGACCAGGAAUCCAAACAACAGGGCACUCAACAACAAGAAGAAGAAAAAGAACCGAAUAUCGACCAAGCAGAGCCUGAUGAGCUAAAAGAUGAGGGUAAACAGAAGAAAAGAAAUGAAAAAGAAAAUGAACAGCAACAAGAGCAAAAUAAACAUGAUGAGCAGGAGCAAGAAGAACACUCUGAAGGAACCGAAAAGCAGCAAGUUAAUUGUGAUCAAGAAGAACUAGAGCAAGACCAUGUGGAUCGUAAACUCGAGCAAAUUGGGCAAGAAAAACCAAAAGGAGACGAUGAACAAUCUAUGAAAGACCAACUGCAGCAAGGAAAACCAAAAGGAGAGAAUCAGGAACCUAAACAAGAGCAACUGGAAACUGAAAAACCAAACGGAGAGUAUGAAAAACCCAACCAAAAGCAACUGGGAGACGAGAAGUCAAAAGAAGCUUGUGGGGACUCCCAACAGCAGGCUGAUGAGUCAACGGAAGAUAAAUCUUCACGACAACAGCAGCUGAUUAUGGACGAAGGUAUGUUUUGCCACCCUCUAUUUUCGCCAAAAUUUAAAGUUUUGGAGUAUUAAUUUCUCGCUUAUCAGUCUGGGUAGAGGAAAUAUUUCUUCAUUACUCCAAACCUCUUAGUUAUUUG